CGCCUCAGUUGCAGGUGUGAGCUCGUUAGUGGGUGUUGUACAGCGGCGAUCUGUAAAGACACUUGAAAGACUGGUUGUUGAUUAUUAGACAUCACAUACGGCUGUCCUUAUUAUGUCAUCCACGGAUUCAGCGAGCGGGGUCGACGUGUCAGUUUUGAGUCCACCAAAGAAGCGAGCAAAAAAGAAAUCAUUAAGUUCUUCUGAGAAGCACAUGGUGCUUAAUGUGUAUAAAACGGAACUUUUACAUCCAGAGCAGUCGAUGAGUGAUAUUGUUUCUAAAACAGCUGCAGCUACAGCUGUUGGACGUUCGUCAGUGUAUCGUGUGAUAAGUGAGUACAAGGCCACACACUCUUUGAAGUCUACCAAGAAAGGAAAAUUACGACAAUCUUUCUGAAAAUGUUGAUGACUUCGAUAGAAAAGCGAUACGAAGGAAAGUACACGAAUUUUUUUUUCGUAACGAAUUGCCAUCAAUUGACAAAGUGGUUACAGUCGUGAACGAAGAUGCAGAUCUGGCCAAUUUUCAGAGAACUACAUUUUAUAAGUUAUUGAGAGAAAUGAAUUUCAUAUAUGUCCGGCGUACGCGCGAUAGCAUGCUAAUAGACAGGGAUGACAUCUUUUUAUGGAGGUGGCGUUAUCUUCGAACCAUUAAACGGUUGAGAGAUGAAGGCAGACCCAUUUACUAUUUGGACGAGACGUGGGUGAACGCAGGACAUACCCGCAGUUACGUGUGGGUAGAUGACACUAUAAAUUCCUCAAAACGAGUGUUUCUGUCCGGGUUAUCCACCGGAAGCAAAAGCCCAUCAGGUAAAGGGAAACGUCUGAUUAUCGCACACAUUGGCAGCAAAGCAGGGUUCGUUGAAGGAUGUUUGUGGACUUUCGAAUCCAAGAAAAGUGGAGAUUAUCAUGAGAAGAUGUGCGCCGAAACCUUCGAGAGGUGGUUUCAAGAUGUUCUUCCUCGGCUUCAGGAAAGUGCAGUUAUUGUUCUUGAUAAUGCGCCGUACCAAUCUCGGAGAAAAGAAAAAGUUCCCAAUGCGAAUUCCAAUAAGCACGAAAUAUCAGAGUGGCUAAAAUCUAAAAACAUCGAUUUCGAAGACGGUAUGUUGAAGAAAGAACUUUUAGAUAUAGUUAAAAAUCACAGAACAGCGCACAACGAAUACGCAAUAGAUGAAAUGGCGAAUAAUGCAGGGAAAACAGUUCUCAUAAUUCCUCCGUGCCACUGUGAAUUAAACACCAUCGCGUUAGUGUGGGCCAGAAUCAAAGGCUAUGUUGCAGCGAAAAGGAAAACAUACAAAAUGCCGGAAGUUAAAGUACUGCUAGAAGAAGCAGUAAGAACAGUGACGGCAGAAGAUUGGAACAAGUGCGUCCUCUAUGUCGUAGAAAAAGUGGAAACUCAAAUGUGGAAAUUAGACUGCAUUAUAGAAGAGAGAGAGGAGUGGUUUGUUAUAAAUCUCAAUGAAAACAGUUCAAGUUAUACAGAGUGAACCUUGUUUCGUCAUU